CGACCUCUCUCCUACAGCUCUCUGCCCCGGGGCAAUCUGAACACCAUUAGCUUAUAACACCAGAAAUACAACAUGAAACCUAUCCUCGCCAUCCCAGCCAUCUCCCUCCUCGUCCACCGCGCCUGGUCCCGCAAGUCUCUCACACCCUUGGGCCUCAUCACCGCCGCGCUGACAGCUGUCGCCCACGCCGUCCAUCCUUGGUCCGCACCAUUUUCCCUACUCGUUGCGUUUUAUAUAGGAGGGACUAAGGCCACAAAGGUGAAACAUGACAUCAAAGCCAGCAAAACACUCUCCGCGACCGGGAGUGGGGGCGGCGAUAGUCAACGGAAUCACAUACAAGUGUUGGCGAACUCGAUUGUCGCGACGGUUUUGAUUAUGUGGCAUACUUGGAUACUUAAGGGCUCUGGGGAGGGGUUUGAUGGGUUUAGUUUUGGACGGGUGACGCCUUUGGCGGAUGUGGUGAUGGUUGGGAUAGUUGCCAACUACGCGGCCGUCGCUGCAGACACCUACUCCUCCGAACUAGGUAUACUCUCCAAAUCUCCCCCGCGCCUGAUUACCUCUCUUUCCCUCCGCGUCGUACCGCCGGGGACAAAUGGUGGUGUAACAGCGACAGGACUGCAGGCUGGUGUUUUGGGGGCUUUUACGGUAGCUGUUACGUCUGCGGUAUUGUUGCCGUUUCGCUUACCCGGUAGUGAUGAUGGACUUUAUGUGAAGGAGCGGUUGGUGUGGAUCCUGGCUGUGACGGGAUGGGGCGCGCUGGGGAGUGUUCUCGAUAGUGUUUUGGGGGGACUAUUGCAGGCUAGUGUUGUUGAUAAGAGGACGGGCAAGGUUGUCGAGGGGACUGGUGGGAAGAAGGUCCUCGUCCACCCCUCCUCCUCCCUACCAGGCGGCACCAGCGAAGCAUCUUCAGGCCUACAAGGCUCAUCCGACAACCUCCGUCUGCGCCAGACAGAAACAGUCGCCAACACCGCAGCCCUGAGGGGUAGUCGGGUUACACAGUCAUCGGUUGGAGCAUCGCCGGGCCGGGAGCACGAUGAAGAGCACGAGAGUCGUCGCGUGGAGAGCGGAAGGGAUUGGUUGGAUAACAAUGGGGUUAAUGUGUUGAUGGCUGGGUUGAUGAGUUUGGGAGGGAUGGGGACUGCUAGUUUGUUGUGGAUGUAGGCCAGCAGCAGAGGUUCAAUUGAAUAGGGAGAGGAAAUUUUUUAUUUUUAAAUAAAAAAAUAAAAAAAGAAAUGACCAGACUGGGGCUCGAUCCCAGGACCUUAUCGGAAUCAGUAGUGAACUGUUAACGAUACGUGAUAACCAACUACACCAUCCGGCCAAUUGUUAAAUUGUUUAUAAUUAUUUGCACUUACAACAAUUACAUAAGCUUAACUUAAAAUGGAC